UGUAUCGAAUGGCAGCAGUUUGAAAUGACACAGUGAACAACAUUCCCACGGAUAAAACCAUGUAAACACGGAAGUGAUAUCGAUUUUUGCAUCGCUUUGCAACUAGUAGUGCACACUUAUUGACUUGGAAUGUGCUGUGACUGAAUUCAUUCAUUGGAAUAUAUAACAUAGGUGGUGACUUUUCAUGCGUCAACAGGGGUGAAGAGUGUCCCCCUGGCCUGCCGUCACGAAAUUCGGACCGUGUCCACAGUGGUUGUGUUGUGCUAACGUGUUGUUACGCGAUGUGUUAGAAAAAAAGGGCUAUUGUCUUUGCUUUUGUCAACGCUAAGAUGUGUAUAUUUAUGGACAGAAGUCCAUCAUGAUUAAAAACAAUCAGCUACCCUCACCGAGAGGUCCUCCACCUCCCGAAAAACGUGUUGAAAUUCAUUGGACCAAACAAGUUCGGGAGACUGUCGCCUCUGCGUUUCACGAUGACCUCCCAGUUUCCAUUGAUGGGGGAGCUGAUAACGGGCAGUUUUGUUAUUUAGGGUUGAUAAGAGUUGAUAAAAUUCAUUAUCAUGGUGGUAAACUUACUACGGGUGAUGUCAUUUUGGAAAUUCAGGGGCAGAAAAUAUCAGGAUAUACCCAACGCGAUGCUACCUUGUGGUUGAAGCAAGUCAGCCAAAAUGGGGCACCUGUUAUGAUCAAAACAGUCCCGGCCACAGGUUCAUUACCCAGGGAACUUGGAGCUUUUCUCAUCACAAGAUUUCAGAAAGGCUCCAUUGAUCAUGACUUACAGCAGAUAAUUCGGGAUAAUCUGUACAUGCGCACGGUCCCAUGUACCACACGGGCCCCAAGACCAGGAGAAGCAAAUGGAGUGGAUUAUACUUUCCUAACAAUCGAGGAAUUUCAGGUUUUGGAGAAAUCCGGAGAGUUGUUGGAAAGUGGUAUAUUUGAUGGAAAUUACUAUGGAACUCCGAGGCCCUCCAAGGAGCCGCAGGGCCAGCUGGUCAAACGCUCUCAGUCCAUGGGUCUGCCUGGUGGGCAGGCUGUGCAGGGCUCACAACCGAGCAACGACAAGAGAAAGAGAACCCGCAGUGGCUCUGAGAUGCUGAUCGAUGGCGUAGACGAGGAGUUGCCUCCCGUGCCCAUGACCAGGAAGAAGUCACUGGAGAGAGCGCACAGCUCCUCAAACUUAGGCCCGUUGCCUCCUAAUUGGGAGAUGGCUUACACGGACGACGGCCACCCUUACUUUAUAGAUCACAACAACGAAACAACCCACUGGUUGGAUCCUCGGCUAGCACAUUUACAGAAAGAAGCACCAUUGGAUUGUGAUGAUGAUGAACUUCCAUUCGGCUGGGAGAAAGUGGAGGACCCGCACUAUGGAGUCUACUAUAUCGA